UUUUCUGGAUGGGGAAGAAAUCCAAGAGGAGGCCGGCGUCCAAGACUACUACUUUAGCUGCCAUGACUGGUGCUUCUGCUGCUUCAUCCGAGACGCUGGUUAUGGUGAAGAUCGAAUACAUUGAGGCUACCUUCACAAUUGGAGUCAACUGCUAUCAGGAGGAGGAUUUAAUGAGCAGUUUAUUACCUGCUGCAAAGUUUGCCCUAGCACAUGGUAAGAAGAUACUCAGUGUGGAGAUGAAAGCAGUUCUUUGUGGGCUGCUCGUGAAAGAGAAUGGUGUACCUUACACUCUUGCAGAAUGGGCGGAUCAGUUCUUUGUGGGACUUCUGGUCAAAGACAAAGACACAAGUUUGCUUGCUGAGCUGAACAGGGAGAGGAAAUUCAAGGAAGAGUUGCUACAGAAAGGUAUUAUUGAGCUGACUGGUCAUGAGAAGUCUGGAAAGGAGGGUUCGGGGACAAAGCAGCCCAACGCAAGUCAUGAGAAUCCUAGGACCAUGACAGAGCUUCUAAAUGUGAUGAGGGGUGAGAUGGACGUGGUGAAGACUCGUCUAGCUGAGACAGAGGCUAAGCUAAGCACUCAGGAGGCUGAGAUCCAAGUUUUGCGAUCUGUUAUGACCCCGAUCGAAGGCAUCUAUGUCCGCAAGCUUCUAGAACAGUUCAGGAGGAAAGUUGCAGCACUAGUAUCGGACCAGUUGCCUGUUAGAUUUCAAGAGGUAGGUAUUUUGACGUGCCGGAGCUAGCCUAGUGGACAAAAUUCAUUGGUAACAGGCCGGCAAUCGCCAUCUUCAAUGAGAAGAGUAAUAUGGA